AUGUUCAGAGCUGUACCAUUGACCCUAAGAGCCAGCCGUGGUUUUUCCACCGGUUUAGUCAGACGUAAUGUCAUUCAAGGGCUAUAUUUGAAGGAAUUGAAAUCUGUGCAUUUGAAGCCAGUCACUGCUGCUGAUGCCCAAGGUUCUGUAAAGCCAUGGACCCCUCCAGCUGCCCCAAAGAUCCCAGAGCUAGAACUUCAAUCUGCUGAUGCUUUGAAGGAGUAUGCUUCUUCUGAAGUGGAAACUGUUAAGGAAGCUACUGAACAAGCUGCCGAAGUUGAAGAAGGUGACUGGUUAGUGUUGGAAGAAAUCGAAGAUGACCACCACCAUUAA